AAAUCCCGCGCUGGGACGGCCGAAAGAUGGCCUUCGCGUCGACACCUUCAGUCGCCAUUACACUCGUGUGAGAGGAAGGUCGUGCUGGUCGUCUUGUCGUUUCUUCUGCGUCGUACAGCAACUCCUUCAUGCGUUUACCCAGUAACAACCCCAGCGGGAGUCAGUCCAGUGGUGGCUUUGGUAGUGCCAGGAUGAAUUCCAACGCUGAGCCAGACUUUUCUGAAUUUAUGUGGAUGGCCGAGGAGGACCUGGAGGCCUUCGACAACAAGGUGAGGCUGACCAUGGAGGAGGAGGAGGUGGUAGUGGUCUUGGCCAAAGCCGCUGUCAUGGACACCUUUGCAGAUCAGAAUAAUUAUCAUAGUCGCUCAGGUAGCCUCCAUCCCAGGGGCAAGGCAGACAUCCCUCAUCCAGUCCCCCUUGAUCCAGCUAAAGAGAGGGUGUUGAGAGGGCAGAGGGAAGUAUUUGUAGUGUUCUUUGCUGUAUGUAAAGCAUCUGCUAAUCUGAGUCUAUACACUAAUAAAGGUAAUUAAUUUGAUUUCCCU